AGAGCUGAGCAGGGCCCUGGAGAGAUGGCCACGGUCCCAGCACCAGGGAGGACUGGAGAGCGCGCGCUGCCACCGCCCCAUGUCUCAGCCAGGGCUUCCUUCCUCGGCUCCACCCUGUGGAUGUAAUGGCGGCCCCUGCUCUGUCCUGGCGUCUGCCCCUCCUCAUCCUCCUCCUGCCCCUGGCUACCCCUUGGGCAUCUGCAGCGGUGAAUGGCACUUCCCAGUUCACAUGCUUCUACAACUCGAGAGCCAACAUCUCCUGCGUCUGGAGCCAAGAUGGGGCUCUGCAGGACACUUCCUGCCAAGUCCAUGCCUGGCCGGACAGACGGCGGUGGAACCAAACCUGUGAGCUGCUCCCCGUGAGUCAAGCAUCUUGGGCCUGCAACCUGAUCCUCGGAGCCCCAGAUUCUCAGAAACUGACCGCAGUCGACAUCGUCACCCUGAGGGUGCUGUGCCGUGAGGGGGUGCGAUGGAGGGUGAUGGCCAUCCAGGACUUCAAGCCCUUUGAGAACCUUCGCCUGAUGGCCCCCAUCUCCCUCCAAGUUGUCCACGUGGAGACCCACAGAUGCAACAUAAGCUGGGAAAUCUCCCAAGCCUCCCACUACUUUGAAAGACACCUGGAAUUCGAGGCCCAGACGCUGUCCCCAGGCCAUACCUGGGAGGAGGCCCCCCUGCUGACUCUCAAGCAGAAGCAGGAAUGGAUCUGCCUGGAGAUGCUCACCCCAGACACCCAGUAUGAGUUUCAGGUGCGGGUCAAGCCUCUGCAAGGCGAGUUCACGACCUGGAGCCCCUGGAGCCAGCCCCUGGCCUUCAGGACAAAGCCUGCAGCCCUUGGGAAGGACACCAUUCCGUGGCUCGGCCACCUCCUCGUGGGCCUCAGCGGGGCUUUUGGCUUCAUCAUCUUAGUGUACUUGCUGAUCAACUGCAGGAACACCGGGCCAUGGCUGAAGAAGGUCCUGAAGUGUCACACCCCAGACCCCUCGAAGUUCUUUUCCCAGCUGAGCUCAGAGCAUGGAGGAGACGUCCAGAAGUGGCUGUCUUCGCCCUUCCCCUCAUCGUCCUUCAGCCCUGGCGGCCUGGAGCCUGAGAUCUCGCCACUAGAAGUGCUGGAGAGGGACAAGGUGACGCAGCUGCUCCUGCAGCAGGACAAGGUGCCUGAGCCCGCAUCCUUAAGCAGCAACCACUCGCUGACCAGCUGCUUCACCAACCAGGGUUACUUCUUCUUCCACCUCCCGGAUGCCUUGGAGAUAGAGGCCUGCCAGGUGUACUUUACUUAUGACCCCUACGCAGAGGAAGACGCUGAUGAGGGUGUGGCCGGGGCACCCACAGGGUCUUCCCCCCAACCCCUGCAGCCUCUGUCAGGGGAGGACGACGCCUACUGCACCUUCCCCUCCAGGGAUGACCUGCUGCUCUUCUCCCCCAGUCUCCUCGGUGGCCCCAGCCCCCCAAGCACUGCCCCUGGGGGCAGCGGGGCCGGUGAAGAGAGGCUGCCCCCUUCCCUGCAAGAAAGAGUCCCCAGAGACUGGGACCCCCAGCCCCUGGGACCUCCCACCCCAGGAGUCCCAGACCUGGUGGAUUUUCAGCCACCCCCUGAGCUGGUGCUGCGAGAGGCUGGGGAGGAGGUCCCUGACGCUGGCCCCAGGGAGGGGGUCAGUUUCCCCUGGUCCAGGCCUCCUGGGCAGGGGGAGUUCAGGGCCCUUAAUGCUCGCCUGCCCCUGAACACUGAUGCCUACUUGUCCCUCCAAGAACUCCAGGGUCAGGACCCAACUCACUUGGUGUAGACAGAUGGCCAGGGUGGGAGGCAGGCAGCUGCCUGCUCUGCGCCGAGCCUGAGAAGGACCCUGUUGAGGGUCCUCAGUCCACUGCUGAGGACACUCAGUGUCCAGUUGCAGCUGGACUUCUCCACCCAGAUGGCCCCCACCCAGUCCUGCACACUUGGUCCAUCCAUUUCCAAACCUCCGCUGCUGCUCCCGGGUCCUGCUGCCCAAGCCAGGAACUGUGUGUGUUGCAGGGGGGCAGUAACUCCCCAACUCCCUCGUUAAUCACAGGGUCCCACGAAUUUAGGCUCAGAAGCAUCGCUCCUCUCCAGCCCUGCAGCUAUUCACCAAUAUCAGUCCUCGCCGCUCUCCAGGGCUCCUUGCCCUGACCUCUCCCCUGGGUUUUCUGCCCCAGCCUCCUCCUCCCCUCCCCUCCCCCUCCACAGGGCAGCCUGAGCGUGCUUUCCAAAACCCAAAUAUGGCCACGCUCCCCCUCGGUUCAAAACCUUGCACAGGUCCCACUGCCCUCAGCCCCACUUCUCAGCCUGGUACUUGUACCUCCGGUGUCGUGUGGGGACAUCCCCUUCUGCAAUCCUCCCUACCGUCCUCCUGAGCCACUCAGAGCUCCCUCACACCCCCUCUGUUGCACGUGCUAUUCCCUGGGGCUGCUGUGCCCUCCCCCUCAUCUAGGUGACAAACUUCCCUGACUCUUCAAGUGCCGGUUUUGCUUCUCCUGGAGGGAAGCACUGCCUCCCUUAAUCUGCCAGAAACUUCUAGCGUCAGUGCUGGAGGGAGAAGCUGUCGGGGACCCAGGGCGCCUGGAGAAAGAGGCCCUGUUACUAUUCCUUUGGGAUCUCUGAGGCCUCAGAGUGCUUGGCUGCUGUAUCCUUAAUGCUGGGGCCCAAGUAAGGGCACAGAUCCCCCCACAAAGUGGAUGCCUGCUGCAUCUUCCCACAGUGGCUUCACAGACUCACAAGAGAAGCUGAUGGGGAGUAAACCCUGGAGUCCGAGGCCCAGGCAGCAGCCCCGCCUAGUGGUGGGCCCUGAUGCUGCCAGGCCUGGGACCUCCCACUGCCCCCUCCACUGGAGCGGUCUCCUCUGCAGCUCAGGGGCUGGCACACUGGCCUCCAGAAGGGCAGCUCCACAGGGCAGGGCCUCAUUAUCUUUGCACUGCCCCAGACACAGUGCCCAACACCCCGUCGUAUACCCUGGAUGAACGAAUUAAUUACCUGGCACCACCUCGUCUGGGCUCCCUGCGCCUGACAUUCACACAGAGAGGCAGAGUCCCGUGCCCAUUAGGUCUGGCAUGCCCCCUCCUGCAAGGGGCUCAACCCCCUACCCCGACCCCUCCACGUAUCUUUCCUAGGCAGAUCACGUUGCAAUGGCUCAAACAACCUUCCACCCCAGCAGGACAGUGACCCCAGUCCCAGCUAACUCUGACCUGUGAGCCCUCAGGCACCUGCACUUACAGGCCUUGCUCACAGCUGAUUGGGCACCUGACCACACGCCCCAACAGGCUCUGACCAGCAGCCUAUGAGGGGGCUUGGCACCAAGCUCUGUCCAAUCAGGUAGGCUGGGCCUGAACUAGCCAAUCAGAUCAACUCUGUCUUGGGCGUUUGAACUCAGGGAGGGAGGCCCUUGGGAGCAGGUGCUUGUGGACAAGGCUCCACAAGCGUUGAGCCUUGGAAAGGUAGACAAGCGUUGAGCCACUAAGCAGAGGACCUUGGGUUCCCAAUACAAAAAUACCUACUGCUGAGAGGGCUGCUGACCAUUUGGUCAGGAUUCCUGUUGCCUUUAUAUCCAAAAUAAACUCCCCUUUCUUGAGGUUGUCUGAAUCUUGGGUCUAUGCCUUGAAAAGAGCUGAAUUAUUGGACAGUCUCACCUCCUGCCAUAGGGUCCUGAAUGUUUCAGACCACAAGGGGCUCCACACCUUUGCUGUGUGUUCUGGGGCAACCUACUAAACCUCUCUGCAAGUCAGUCUCCUUAUCCCCCCAAAUGGAAAUUGUAUUUGCCUUCUCCACUUUGGGAGGCUCCCACUUCUUGGGAGGGUUACAUUUUUUAAGUCUUAAUCAUUUGUGACAUAUGUAUCUAUACAUCCGUAUCUUUUAAUGAUCCGUGUGUACCAUCUUUGUGAUUAUUUCCUUAAUAUUUUUUCUUUAAGUCAGUUCAUUUUCGUUGAAAUACAUUUAUUUAAAGAAAAAUCUUUGUUACUCUGUAAAUGAAAAAACCCAUUUUCGCUAUAAAUAAAAGGUAACUGUACAAAAUAAGUACAAUGCAACAAAA